AUGCUUCGCCCGAUGGAUUUAGCUUUUAAGGGAGACGACCGAAGGUGGUCACAACUGCGUGUGCUUGAUGGCGGUUUUGGUACAGAAUUGGAAGCCAGUGGUUUUCACAUAAAUGGUAACCCAUUGUGGAGUGCAAAUGCGCUUUUUCAACGCCCUGAUUUAGUGGUAGAUAUACAUAAAAGGCAGGAAAUGGUUUUUCUUUCUUUUGAUUUCGUAUCUUCAUUCCACAUAAAAUUUCGAAAGUCAGUGGAUCUAGCAUACCAAGCUGCUUAUGAAUGCAAGUUGAAUUAUGGAAAAUCUGCCGAAAUAAUUGGUUCUGUGGGGUCAUAUGCUACUGCCCUUUCGGAUGCUUCUGAAUACAACGGACACUACGUCGACGAAGUAGAAAAAUCGGUAAUAGUUCAACAUUACGUUGAACAGUCAUCUCCACUUCUUGAAAAAGGCUUAAGAUUUUUAGCGUAUGAAAGUGUACCGGCUGUUGCAGAAGUAGGUGCCAUAUUAAGUGCUUUAGACAGUUUGAAUCCUGACGUGAAAUGCUGGAUUUCUCUGACGUGCAAGUUUUAUAAUAUGCAGCACUCCAGGAUAUUAAGCAUUUUGGUAAUUAUGCAGCCUGCAGCAAAAGAAGAAUGGGAAAGGCAAGUUUACUGCGGGAUCGCUUCGAGCACAGCAUUAAAAAAUUUCCGUAAAGACAUCGAUGUGCGGCUGAUGUGUGGGAAUAGUCCAGUGGAACUAUUUUAUAGACCUGAAAAGCAGUCGUGUAGAUGCACUUCGAUUCCUCCGCUUCUGACAAGCUCGCCUUCCCCAAGCACUUAUAUUUACCUUCUAGGCGAAGUUCCUCGGAUUUUAGAUGGUGAACACACGAGCCAUAACGAUAAAGUUGAAGAGGCAGCAAAGGUUGCGUUGAGCCACUCAAAAGUUCUUGCAGUAGGUAUAAACUGUACGUCUCCACUUCAUAUCAGUAGCUUACUGAAAAAAAUUCAACCCCAUUUACUUACGAAGUUCGCCGUUGUUUACCCUAACAGUGGUGAAGAAUACAACUCAAGUGAUAACUCAUGGACAGCGCAGAAUGAAGAAUGGAUCACAGAAACAAAUAUAAGACAAUGGCACCAGCUAGGCGUAAAACUUGUAGGAGGCUGCUGCAGAGUUACACCGGCUAUGAUUAAUACUAUAGCUAGAUGCGUUCACCAGCUUCUAAAAAGCUGA